UCGAGUUGUCUAGUUCGUGUUGAGCGACUGAUACCGGAUAAAACAGUUGGCGAAACUGAACACAAAUUUUAACCAACUUAUUGUGUGAAAUAAAUUUCGCUUUAGGAAAAGUGAAGUGUAGUGAAUGCUAAAGGAAAGCAGAAAGUAAGAAACUCGGAACAAUAAAAAGCGGACAGUGUCAGUGGCGAACUGUUGUUGUUGCUGCUAAUGCAGAGGCAUUCGAGAAAUCGAUAAGGAAAACAAAAACAACAAGUGCACAAAAUAGAAUAGUAGUGUAAAGGCAAAACAAACAAAAGUAAAUAAAGAAAUCGAAAAACGAACACAAAGAGGCGAAGAAGAGUAAGAAGAAAAAUAACAAAACAAAAAAAAAACAACACCAAAAGUAAAGUGUGAAGGGAGCUAAAGGAAAGCUAGCGGGCUUAGUGCAAUGUGCGCAAAGUGGGCCGAUACACGCUGAAUGGGUGGUAUGAGAGCAGCGAGUGGAGACGGCAGCGAGCGGUUCGUGAAUUGUUGUUAAAAAUCAAUAGAAAUAUAAAUACUGGAAGAGGCUACCAAAGUGAAGAUUAUAUAAUAUAAUUAAAAAUAUAUAUAUAAAAGAACAAAUAAAAUAAAAAAGAAGAAUACCUUUUGAACUCAUGAAAUAUAUUUUUAAAUAAAAUAUUCAAAAUGAAACUACAAACACCAACAAAAACUCUAAAAGUGCGCGAAUUUAAUGAGUUUUUAAGCUGUCAUAUAUGCGGUGGUUAUUUGAUAAAUCCAACAACAGUAGAUAAUUGUUUGCAUACAUAUUGUCGCAGUUGCAUUGUGCAACAUCUACACCAAGACACUUAUUGUCCACUGUGCAAAGCAGCCGGUGGUGGCAAGCAAAUAAAUGUGAGCAACUUGAAAUCCGAUGAUGUAUUGCGUGCAUUGAUUUUCAAAUUGGUGCCCGGUCUAUAUCAAAAGGAACACGAACGUGCACUACAAUACAAAGUCGCACAGCGACGUAAUGGACAACAGUCGAGUGAAGUGGAGGAAGAUGCUGAGGAAGUGUGCAAUGAGCGAGAGCAGGAAACAGUUGAUGAACAUUUUUUCGAGCCUGCUGAGCCAAUUAGUUUGUCAUUGGAAUAUCAUCCCGCUUUGCUGAAGGGCUAUAGCACGAGUCAAAUACCGCCAGUUCGUUAUCUACAAUGUCCAGCUUGUUUGAAGAUACGGCACUUAAAACGUUUUCUCUGCUCUAAAUUCGACAUUGACCCCGAGAGUAAGCGUAUCGAGGUGGAAGUGAUUUAUGAGGAUGAGGUGUUGCCAAACGAUUUUACGCUAAUGGAUGUUGGCUAUUGUUACAAUUGGAAGAGGCAUGCACCCAUGAAAUUCACCUACCGCAUACUGUUCUAUGCUGACGACUCGCGGAAGUUGGAAAAUGACGGCAACAAAUCCGACGUCGAAUGUAGGAGAAAUUCUAGCGUCGACACCGUAAAAGCAGCGGAAAUCCACCACGACAAAGACAUACGACUUUGUGAUGAUGAAACAAAUAUUACAACACUCUCCAAUACAUCCAACUCCAACUCACCGCCCUCUGUGGGCUAUAACGCUCACGCAGAAUCGCUAAAACCCAUAAAGAACAGAAGUAAAAUGGCAAAGCCGAGUAAAGUCAAUUCAAAUAAAACACAAGCCAAGUUGCCGGCCGAAGAGAUGAAUGCGCCGGUGAAAAUGAUUAUCGCGCGAAAAUCGAGCGCCGAUAGUGGCAAGAAGCCGUCGCCGAAACGCAACAAUCAUGACGAGGUUACCUACACCGUUACAAAUGAUUUCAAGAGUCUACGCAGCAAUGAUAUGCGCUACAGCGACUAUGCAGUCUCGUCCACCACAAGUAAUAGUAAUUCACCGAAGAAUUCACCCAAGAGCGCACAACGUUCACCCAAAACUUCGACAGAUGUGGCGAUCAUUGUGGAAUCAACACCACCACCAGCAACAACAACGGCGCAGAUGGCAACAACGGUGUCCAAAUGUGAUAUUUUGGUCAGCAUACCACAAUCACAAAUGCCGAAGUCACCCUACUCGGUCGAUGAUGAAUUUGAGAACGUCUCUUUGGCGCAAUUGAAAACCGCCAGCAAGAAGUCGCCACCCAGCGCAGCUAGCACAACAGUGAGUAAUGCGUCGGAGUCUGCGAAAAGUGUUGCUAAAAAUGUGCCAAAACUUAAGAUUGAAUUGAAUAGUCUGAAGUCGCGGUUGAGCAUUUCAAAGCCCAAAUCGGCGGGCGUACUGCAGAGCACAGAUAUAUCAGAGAAACGGGGGCGCACCAAACAGCGUAAGCAUUCACUGGAUGAUGUCGCUGCACCGUUAACGGAUCGUUUGGAUUUGGAGACGUACGCCAAGAAUAUUGGUCUACUACCCAUAGAGGUGUUGACGCCGCCAGAGUCAGCGGAUUUGUGUGAUAAACUCAAAUACAGUCCGAAUGCUUCGCCGCUCUCGUCCGCUUCCUCCACGACCAGUUCGUCGAAUAACGCAUUUCCAUUGGUCGCAACCACCGAGCUAGCCACGACAACCACUUUCCACAAGAAAAGGAAAAAGAAGCACUCAAAAGAUUCCAAGGAGCCAAAGGAUAGCAAGCGUCGUCGAAUGCAUGCGGAGAUCUCAAGUAGGCCAGAGGAGGAGAGCUUGAAAAUGAAAGUUAAGCUUACGACGCCGCAUAAUCACAAAUCGCACAAGUCGGAAAGCUCCACAGCCAAGAAAAAUAACGAUGAGUCGCGUAAAUCACACACUUCGGUUAGCAAUGCGAAAUCGCAGCCGUCAUCCGCUGCUGCUUCAGUCCAGCAAGCGACGUCGGUAAAUGAUAAUAUUUUGGCAUUAAAUAGAACACUGGGCGAAGAAUCGCGCAGCAUAAAUCAUCUUAUGAUGGAAAAAGAGCGCACCAAAGAGGUCAUCAAAGUAGUAAAGGCGGAUGAGACCUUACUAACACUAUCGCACACACACCUGCUGCCCAAACCUUAUAACAACAUUAAGGAAGUGAAAUUACCUGCAUCACCGCCUUUACCGCCCAGUCUCUUUAAGACCACGCCACUAAACUUUAACACACUCACCGUUACCAGCACAACAACUGGCCAAUCGAAGCCCACUAACACCAGCGCAAGCAAGCAAACCGAUUUGCCGAAGGCUAAGCAACCAGUUGCGACGGCUUCAAAGCCGACUUCAGCGCCUCAGUACAACAGACAAAGUUCCCUCAAUCUACCCAAGCCGCAUGCACAGUUCAUAGUUCCUAAUCUGCCACGUCGUCCAUCACCCGGUUCGAAAAGCGCUUAUACACCUUCAUCCAUUGCUAGUGCUAGCAGCAAACAGCUCGGUAUGCAACUUAAGCGUUCGGCUUCUUUGGAUGAAUCCUAUGCGCUUAGCGGUCGUGGCAAACAGCCCAAGCUUGAUGCAGCCCAACGUAAAACACUCUACAGCAGCUAUACGAAUAAGCCUUUUGUAGCCACAUCCAACAGUUGCGUCCUUAGUAAGUUUAACGACUGCGUAACCAAUGCUCAAAGCGUCAAUUCCAACGGCAAUAAUAAUAGCGCAGUAACAAUAACAGCACGUCCACCCGGUGGCAUGGCGCAGGCACAAACUCGUUGGCAACUGCCACCGUAUACGCCGCUGCAACUGCCCUUCCAUAAGCCAGCUGUGGAGAUUGUGCGCAUCAACUCAAACCAAACGGCAGCCGACCUGCAGGCACAGGCUGCUGGGAAUGCUUCGAAAAGUGGACGUAUGAUGGGACCGCCAUUAUCCAUGGUUAGGGGUAAGAAGACCGGUGGACAGCAGUUAUGUGCCGACGCGUUAAAGUCUCAGCCAAUGGCAAUGAGCGCCACCACUCUGGGGCUUGGUAGGGGCAAUCCUUACCGUUUAUCGCCACCGGCGUUGGUAAAUCUGCAAGCUCCAACAUUCCCAAAUGCAAAGAAAGCCGGUUCUCUGUCGAUUGCCGAUAAUGCUGCUAGGAAAGCAGAGUCUUUGAGCACGUUGAAUGGCGGCGCUAGCGAUAAGCAGUCACAGCAAUCACGCAUCAGUUUGCGCGAAUUCAGACCCAUGCGUGAGCACACCAUCGAUUUGGUUAAUGAUGGCGGCGAGAAGAGCACGGUUGGGCAGGCGGCAGACACUACGGCUGCAACUGCGUCAGCAACGCCAUCAGCUAGGGAGUGUCUGGAGGCAGCUUUAAAUAAAAUUAAGCAGAAUAUCACUUCCACAACUGUGCAAGACACUGUCACCGCUGUCGCCGCCGCGGCCGCCGCUGCUGCUGCUAAGCAACAACAAUUGGCUAAGCCUACACAAAUGAACAAUGAAGAUCUACAAAAUCUACAUUUGCUCUCCGAGUCAGCAACAACGCGUGAGAAAAUCGCAAUACGAUCAAUCCAAUCCUAUGAGAAGCCAUUGCUACAGCAAUCCUCAUUGGUACGCCAACAAAACGCUUCCGUACGCAACAUACCCAAUCCAUCAGCCUUGGCGUUUCGCAAUAUGUCGACCUUGCCUGCUGUGAGCUCAACAAUGGUGUCGGCCAGCGCGACAGCUACAAAUCUCACCAACACUAACAGCAGCACCACGCUGGCUGCAGUACCUACAACCUCCUCUAGCACAUCCCCGCCCACACAAAAGACAUUACCGUUGGUUGCUCUGCCCUUACACAGCACAACCACCACAGCCACCACGCCCAGUCCUCUCAGUCCUGGCAAUCUACUGCAGGCGUCUGCAACAGCCAGUAACAGUGCGCUUAACGCCACUACCAACACUAUAACAACUUCGACACGCACCAUGAAGAAACCGACAACCAUCGAUCAAGUCGCUGCUAAUUUGAAUAUGCGCGCCUCUGCCGCCGCCGCCGCCGAAGCACAUGCGUCCAAGUUGAACGCAGCAGAAGAUACUUCUACCCAAAUAAGUUCAUCCACCAGCAGCUCUGCAGCAGCCGUCGGGAGUCAAAAUAAUACAAAUGACUGCGCCAAAACGACGUCGCCAUCCUCGUCUGCUGCAAUCACAUCCAGCGAGCCGUCGGCUAGUGCAGCUGCAGCUGCAACUGGAGCUGUAGCUGUAGCCGUAGCUGUAGCUGAGCGUGCAAAGGAGGAACAGGCGAACAGCAAAGCGACAAACGGUGCGGAUGAGAGUGUGAAAGCGAAAGUGUUGCCAAAAUCCAUUGGUGAUGAUGUUGUUGGUGUGACAACUGCGAUUGUCACUGAUGUCACAAGCAUAAAAAAUCUAUCUACCAACAACAACAACAACAAUAACAAUAGCAAGAAUAACAAUAAUAACAGCAGCAACAGCAACAGCAGCAGCACUAACGUCAAAUAUGGCGUGACGACAGCGAGCGUGGCGAGUGAUUAAGUUAAUCGCUGUGAAAUUUUCUUCGAAAUUGUGGAUUCCGAAAUUAAAUACUUUUGGCGUUGGAAGAAUGAAAGCGAUGAUGACACAGAUAGCA